AAAGACGCUACCUAAAUGCAGUUACUGCUGCCCGCCAAAGAAAGAACCUUCUUCAGCACGUGACUGAAAUCCUGACGCCACUGGGAUUUCCACCAAUAGGCGCCAGGAAAGUCGGCGCGUGACCGCAACGGUCACUGUGUUUGAAUUUGUUGGCGGUUACAGCGCGCGAUCGCGAUUUUUGACCGUCCCUGGGAGAGCUCCCUCCCCCCCCCACCCCCGUCUCGAUCCCCAGCGGGUGCUGUUACAGAGAGACUUUCCACUCCUCCCCCUCCAUCGGGAACCGUCACCGAGAGAUCAUCCUCCGUCGGGAACCGUCAUUGACAAUUCCCACCUCCGCCCCCAAAGGGAACCGUGACCGAGAGAUUCCUCGUCCUGUACUGGGAACCGUCAUCCAGAGAUACUAGCCCCCCCCCAAUCGCCCUAAUCGGGAACCGUCACCGAGAUAUCCUUUUCUCUCCCUCACCGGGAGUCCUCACGAUGGAGGUUUUCCUGCAACAGCAUCGAAAAUACUACUACUACCAGGAGCGCCUGGACACCUUUAAGAACUGGCCCUUCACCAAUGAUUGCGUGUGCACUCCGGAGAAUAUGGCAGCAGCAGGUUUUAUUCACACCCCAAGUGAGAAUGGUCCUGAUGUUGCUCAGUGCUUCUUUUGCUACAAGGAGUUGGAAGGAUGGGAACCUCAAGACGAACCAUUAGUUGAACAUCAAAGCCAUUCUUCAAAGUGUGCUUUCAUCCUGUUGAAGAAGAAAUUUGAAGAUUUAACAACAGAAGAGUUUCUCAAGUUGGACAAGGAAAGAGUAAAGAAUAUCAUGAAGAAACAAGUCUCUGAAAGAAUUCAGUCGUUCGAGCAAGAGGCAAAAGUUACAAGAAGCACAAUAGAAGACUUUGUUGCUAAAGAUUGCUAGUGAUGCAAGAUUUUUUUUUAAAAAGUGCUUUCCUCGAGAGAAAUCUGAUCAACUUAUUUGAGCUUUUGAAACAACCCUCAAAUUGAGGAUUAUGGCUAUGUAUUGUACAGCAUACUUUUAGAAUUGUCUGUUAUCAUCUGGGGUGUUCCUUGUCCCAUCCCUUCCAGGUAAAAUGUCGAGACAAAGUGAUUUCUUGUUACUUUAGUCAAAACUAUGUAGGUUUUGAUUUUCUUUUCCUAUUCUGGUUAAGUUAAUGUGUCAUUGUAUUGUUAUCGAAGCAGGGCAUUGCUAUCAGCAGAAAUGUUAAGAGACUUAAGGCAGAAUUGUUCCAGAGGGAUGGGAUCCAUUUUUGGAGUCAUGGCUAUUUCACUUUACCACAUCUAUCUUCAAUCUACAUUUAUUUCACUGCUAACACUGUCACACUUAUCUAGGGCUAUUUAAGGAUUUAUUGCCUUGUAAAGAUUUAGAAGACUUGUAUUCAUAAUGUGGAUGAUUUGACUGUUUUGAUUCUUAAUGCAUUAAUGGUCUAAGCUUUGUAAACCUACGUAUUUAUAUUGUGGAUCUACUGCUGAAUUGUCAACUGAAUCAACUAUUCUCCGCAUUCUUGACAAGGAGUGUAGAUGGAUGAGUAAAGAACUGUGUGUUGCAGGCCUGUACUGUGACUGACAAGAGAAUGAUUUAAAUAUUUGCAGGUGUAAUUGAUGAUAACUCAGUCUUAUUGUGUGGCUGGUUAGCUGAGUUGGUUAAGGUUUUGUGCUAAUAAUGUCAAGGUUGCAGGUUCGAUCCCUGUGUGGGCCUGCAAAAAGUUUGUAGUGGUAGAGACCCUACCUUUGCAGGCCCCCAGGUUCAAAUCCCACCUUCUCCCGAGGUGUGUGAUAACAUCUCUGAACAUGUUUUUAUUUAAAAAGUGACUGCAACAAUUAGAGCACAUACCUACUUGCCCCUACUUUCAGCUAGACAGUCUUGGCUGUAUGUCUCAUUCAGGAAUUAAUUGACAUGCAUGUUUUUUUUUAUUUUCCAGAAACUGUGAUUUGGUAACUCACUGUACUAUCCUAAAUUAUGGCACAAUUAUCCUUGUCAAAAUCACACUAUCCAUCUGUUUUUAUAUGUGAGGAUUUAAUCUUUAAAUAACAGUGGGCUAAGUGCUGAGAUUGUAAAGAAGACUCUGAUUCAAAUACUUUUGAAAUUAAAUAAAACAAAUGAAAACUCACUUUUUGUUGGGUAAGAGUCAACACAUGGAGCAAGAUGGGUACAUGGAGUGAGGAUCCUGAUCAGCAAUGUCCUAACUAAAAGUUGGAACAGGCUUGAACAGCUGGAUAGUGUACUAUUCCUUAAUAUUCUCUGUCAGGUAUUCUUUUACGUUAUUUCACUUGGAUUAUUGAGGUAGUCCUUGGGUUGCGAAUGGGUUUGUUCUUGUGUAAAUUGUCUCUUUAUAAGCAAAUCUGAACACCAUAGAGUAAAACAUAAAAUAGCUGGUUAUAAGUAUGAGGAAAUUUGUAUGUUGGAUCUUUUAAAAUUAACACACUUCUGUAUGGGCUCUUGUUCAUAAGUACAAGCAUUUAUAAAUUGGAGACUGCCUGGAGAAUUCUGAUAAUUGCAUUAUGACAAGUGGAGGGAUUUUAUCAUGUAACUUUACCAAGAAAUUUUUAAUGUGUUGCUUUGGCAAAGAUGUCACUGAUACAUUUAUGAAGAUAUGGUUUAGAAGCAGGAGUGGACAAUUUAGCUGAUUGUAUGGCUGUUGGCUGUAAUUUGUACUCUGAACAAAAAAGUCAAAUUGCCCUAUAAUAAAUUAAUGGACCAAGACCAUUAAGAAUUCCUGUAUGGCUUCCAUAUUUAAAAAAGAAAUUGCUGGAAAAUCUCAGCAGGUCUGGCAGCACUGUGGAGAGAAAUCAGAGUUAACGUAUCCGGUCCAUUGAUCCUUCUUCAGAGCUUGCUUCUAUAUUUAAAGCAGAUAACCAGAGUUAGAAUCUCCAUGAGUGAGAUCCACCAAAACUGCAUAAUUGGCCAUUUAUUUUAAUCUGUAUAAUUUCUGCCAAUGUUAUGAUAUAUUGCAUAAACUGUGGAAAAGAUUGCUACAGUAGUCCAGUUAAAGAAAUACAUUGUAACUUGAUAAACAAGUGAAGGUAUCAAGAUUGAGUUGGAGCUUUCAGCUGUUUUUGUGUUAGCUAUCUUUUAAAUGUUUUAAGUUCUCAUUCUAAUCUUCAUAAGUGGAUUUUGAAGUCAAUACUAUCUAAAUUAUCCAGAUGUUUGAGUUUCACCUCCAGUUACAUGACAAAAAGGGGUGCUAAAGUGCUGAUUACUAAACCCAAAAGCCACAAAUCACACUUAAAUCAAGCUCUAACAGUACCUUAAAAAUUAAUGUGUAGACUUGAAUAAAGCAAGAUGACAUAAUUGUUGUAAAAUCCCAUCUUAUUUAUUGAUUUCUUUUGGGGAUGGAAAUCUGGCAGCCUUAAAUUGGUCUAGCCUACAUAUAACUCCAGAGCCACAGCAAAGUGGUUGACUUUUAACUAUUCUUUGAAAAUGGGUCUAGUAAGACUCUCUCAGUUAAAGGGCAAUUAGGCAUGAGAAACAACAAUAUUGUCCCCAUCCCAGAAAGGAAAAAAAACUUCUUUCAGUGUGGUUAUGGAGGAAAAUGGUUGACAAUGUAGUCAAAAAUGAGUUUCAAGAUCUGACUGAAUCAAAUAAUUAUUCAAAUACAAACUAAAAAUAAUAGAAUUAACUGAUGAAGCUAUUCACCCCAUCAUCUAUUGAGUUGAGGAAAGAGGAAAAUCCAUAUGGUGGCUAACAAUCUCUAGAAGACACAUAAGUAUGCUGGGUAAGAUCUUACUAUUUGCUUUUCUAUUCUACAUGUCAAAUGCUAAAGUUGGCUCAUUUGUUUCCAUUGAAAAAUGUUUUAAGUGACGAGGAGUCAGUUAACCAUUAGGAAUCUUAAUAUAUAGUAAAGCAGUCUGUUAAAUCAGCCUUAAUUGAAUAUCCUGUUUUGUAAGACAUGACCGUUUCUGACUGCUAUUUUUGAAACUUAAUGGACUAAUACUAAUGAACAAAGCAUACAACUCAAUCAAAACUGCUUUUAAAAUUGUAACACUGACUACAAUUGUCAGGAAAAAUUGUAAUUAGCGUACACUGACUAAAGUUGAAGAGAACCACCACUCUUUCACUUUAGCAAGACAUUGUUUCAUGAACAAAAAUGGUUGAAAAUCUCAAAACAAAAACUAAUAGAUUCUGAAAGAAUGUUUUUCUUGGAAAGAGUCCACAAUUGUGGGCCUUAAUUUUCAGAUGAAGGGCUGGUUGUACAGUACUUAUAUGUGGAGAUGAGAAAUUUCUCCACUCAGGAAAGUGGAGAAAUUCUCUAUUCCAGAAGGAUGUGAAAGCUAAUUUAAUUAAUAUUUCCAUAUAUGAAUGGAUUUUUGGGCACAAAAUAAUUUGAGGGGUAUGAGGAUUAGCUUGGGAAGUGGCUUUGAAGUUCAAUCACAAUCAUAUUGGAUGAUGGAACAGGGUGGUGUGUUGUAUUUGUGCUGCAAAUGGUGCAUGCUUAACAGGUUAGCUAAAGCUUACUCUACUUUCAUUCCGACAAUUCCAUUUAGCAUUUGUAACUGGAGUAUUCCUGCACAAUGCAAGAUUGUUGACAUGAAUCCAUUUACUCCCAAUUCCCAACUACCCAAUAGAGUGGUAAACUUUUUGAAUACAACUAAUUGGUUUGCUAGCUUAUGUGAGGGUAGUUGAGAGUCAACAAUGCUUCGGAGUCUGGAAUCAUGCAUAGCCGAGAGCUUUAUUUUUUAAAUCAACCUCCCCAUGAAUGUUAUGACCCACUUCUGGAGCAGCUGAGAUACAAACUGAGGCCUCCUUGCUCAGAGUUACAAAAACUAUUACAGUACUGCAAGAGCUCUUAUAAUCAAGUGAGAGUAUUAGUCUGAAUCUCUAAAUUAUUAAACCAGUAACAUUGUCAUUAUGCUCCUUAAAUAACAAUAAUUGAAUUCACCAAUUUGAGCUAACCAGAUGGGUGAAAAAAAAUACUCUCAUCAUUGAAUAUAUUUAUUAGAUGGCGACUGAAGGCAUAAUUUGGCCAAACUGAUGUAUUCUGUGAAGCUCUGAAGAAGGAUCACUGGACCCAAAACGUUGACUCUGAUUUCUCUCCACAGAUGCUGUCAGACUUGCUGAGAUU